UGAAUUUGUGGCAGUCAGCUAAAAUGCUCCAACGCACUGCCGCCCGUGCCGUCCGCGCCGCCGCUCCUUCUGGCCUCCGUGCCUUGUCGACGGCUCCGUCAGACUUGAAGCUUCAGGCAUCGACGACCAAGAACGUCAAGUACUUCAAGAUUUACCGCUGGGACCCGGAGUCCAAGGACAAGCCGUACUUGUGCACGUACCCCGUGGACUUGAACGAAUGCGGCCCCAUGGUGCUGGAUGCGUUAAUCAAAAUUAAGAACGAGCAAGACCCCACCUUGACCUUCCGCCGCUCGUGCCGUGAAGGUAUCUGCGGGUCGUGUGCGAUGAACAUUGACGGUGGUAACACGUUGGCGUGCUUGAGUCCCAUCGACAAGAAGAAGGACACGACCAAGAUCUACCCAUUGCCGCACAUGUAUGUCAUCCGCGAUUUGGUCCCCGACAUGAACAACUUUUACGCGCAAUACAAGUCCAUCAAGCCGUGGUUGCAAUCCGACGUGGUCAAGUCGGACAACGCCGAAUACCUGCAGUCGAAGGAGGACCGCAAGAAGCUUGACGGCAUGUACGAAUGCAUCUUGUGCGCGUGCUGCAGCACGUCGUGCCCGAGUUACUGGUGGAACCCUGACAAGUACCUUGGCCCUGCCGUGCUCAUGCAAGCGUUCCGUUGGAUCGAAGACUCGCGCGACACCAAGACGCUCGAGCGUUUGGAAAGCCUCAACGACGCGUACAAGCUGUACCGGUGCCACACCAUCAUGAACUGCACCAAGACGUGCCCCAAGCAUCUGAACCCUGCCAAGGCGAUCGGCAAGAUCAAGAAGAAGUUGGCUGUGCUGCAUUAAGUUCCGACAACACUCGGAGAAUAUCCUGACCCCUGCGAUGAGAUCUUGUUCCGCGCGUAAUACACUUUAACACUACCAAGAACUGACUCGGUUUGACAUUCGCUGUACACCAGACCUCGAUGUAUAAAAAGCUCUUUGGACCGGUCUCGGAUCGAAAGAUCCACUUGGUCGUUGCUUCGAUGGACGGCGAGACAGCAAGAUGCCGCCAUGGUGAAUCAUUGCGGUUGUUCGUUCAGGAGGUCGGCCACGAGCUCGUAGUGUGCCUCCCGCAGUCGGUUGAAGAGCGAUUCGUAGGUGCUCCAGGUCAACCUCGGCUGAAUUUGAAGCCGAAGCAGUUCGUCGCCAGUUGUGAUCGCGUUCAGCUGGUACGUGCUGACAUGAUGGAGCACGAUCAAAUGGAGGAACACGACGGCUUCGACGCCAUGAAGACAUGCCAGUGUGACAAACCCCAUGAUUUCUCCCCAGUUGAGGACGUUCCAAAAGCACGCGUGCUGCCACCGCAGGACGAGGCUUAGGACAGGGCACUCCAAACGACGCAAUGCCAGCGCAAUCUACGCAGGAGGCCACGCCAGUCGAAGGCACCAUGACACAGAAGUUGAAGAGCGUACGUACGUGUGGAAAAUCGA